AUGCAACAAGGUUCCGAAUCGGAUGGGCGAAUUCGCUGCACGGUAGCAAUCGAAUUCUUGCGUGCAGCGGCCGCUCCAAAUCGAGUCCUUCUUCGCGAUGCCUGGGUAACACUGGGACGGGACGAAUUCCGUGAACUGGCCUUGCAGGUGACGGCUGCCUGUGGCACCGGCCGUGCUCAGAACUUCCCAUUGAAGCAGAAUGAAGUGCGACUGUUCACACGUUUCGUGAAGGACGGGAAGAGCACGAUCCGGCUGGGUCCAGCGGGCCCUAGUCAUAUACAGCUGCUGUUGUCGAACUGUCCUCCGGAUCGGUUGCGCCGCUUCGUGCAGACGCUCCGUAUCAAGUUCGAAGCUACUCGGGAGGGGAAAGGCUGCGUGCGUGAGCGGACGAGGCUUCUCUCUAGCCUGCCACGCACGUUCGACACGGUCAGCCCGGUGCAGGCCCGCGAACUGAAGGAAGUGCGUGCCCGACAAGCGCUCUCUGAUGCAGCAGCCACCCCGCGGAAAGGUCAGACCUCUGGCUGCUCGUCUCAGAAGCGUGUCUGGAGAGAAUCGGACGAUAAGCAGGAAGAUGAAAGACAGCAGGUGAAGAAGAGUUGGUCGUUAUGCUCCGGAACAGCCCUCUCCCAGGAACAAUCGAUGGUGCUGAGCGCGGUGCUGAGCGGAAAGAACAUCUUCUUCACAGGCAGUGCUGGGACUGGGAAAUCCUUCUUGCUGAAAAGGAUUGUGGCCUCAUUGCCUCCAAACAGCACUUACGCCACGGCCAGCACAGGGGUUGCAGCUUGUCAGAUUGGUGGCACCACACUUCAUGCCUUUGCAGGUAUUGGUUCAGGAAAAGCCCCCCUGCAUCAGUGCAUUGAGCUGGCCCAGAGGCCCGGGGUUCGGCAGCAGUGGCUGAGUUGCCACCAUCUCAUCAUCGACGAGAUCUCUAUGGUGGAGGGCGAUUUCUUUGAUAAACUGGAGGCAGUGGCUAGAGAAGUCAGGAAAUGCGAAGAUCCAUUUGGAGGAAUCCAGCUCAUCAUUUGCGGAGACUUUCUACAACUGCCUCCAGUCAGCAAAGCUGCUGAGCAGCCCAAGUUCUGCUUCCAGGCAAAAUGCUGGCGGAAGUGUAUCCACUUGAACAUGGAGUUGACACAGGUGCGGAGGCAGACUGACCAGGAGUUCAUUUCUCUUCUUAACACGGUCCGCCUGGGCAGAUGCACAGAGGAAGUUACCAAACAGCUGGUCUUAACAGCUACCAACAGAGUGGAGAGAGAUGGAAUCCUGGCUACUCGGUUAUGCACUCACAAGGAUGAUGUAGAACUCACAAAUUCCAGACAACUGCAGGAGUUACCAGGCGAACAAAGGUCCUUCAAGGCAGUGGACAGUGAUCCUGUACUGGUGAAAGCUCUUGAUGCACAGUGUCCUGUAAGCAGUGUUAUUGAGCUGAAGCAAGGUGCCCAGGUGAUGCUUACUAAGAAUCUUGAUGUGGCCCGAGGUCUGGUGAACGGGGCUCGUGGAGUUGUGAUUGGAUUUGAAACUGAAGGAAAAGGACUGCCAAAAGUGAGGUUUCUGUGUGGCGUCACUAAUGUCGUUGGGCCAGAACGAUGGGUUUUAAAGGGACCAGCGGGAGCAUAUCUGAUUCGUCAACAGUUGCCCCUAAAACUUGCCUGGGCCAUUUCCAUCCACAAAAGUCAGGGUAUGUCCCUUGAUUGUGCUGAGAUCUCUCUGUCUCGUGUUUUUGAAUGUGGACAGGCAUAUGUAGCACUUUCUCGAGCACGAAGCCUUGCGGGUCUUCGUGUUCUGGAUUUUGAUCCAAAGGUAGUAAAAGCCAAUUCAUGUGUGAUGCAGUUCUACAGGAAACUGAGGAAAGAACAAUUUCUAAUUCAGGCUUCUCUGCACUCCUAUGUUCAACCUAAUAAAGAAAACAGAGAUGCUUCCUGAAUUAUGUGUUGAGAAUUGUGG